AUGGAGAAGCCAGCGCUAGAAUCAGAGGUCGACAACAUCCUGCUUCAUCAAUCUUCGCUGCCGGAGCCAGACGUUGCGACCGUCGCGUGCGACUAUGAUGAGCCCAAGUUCGACGUGUCUUCCCUCGACCAGUCGACAGAGCAGCAGACGCAACUGAGGGCCGAUCCCGAAGCUCCCUCAGCACCCGACCAAGACUCCCAGCAGCGCAAUGUGGAUGAUCUUCAACUCGUCGCCCAGCUCGGCACCAGCCUCGCGCCAAUGAUACAGACCAUAGCGGCUGAUGAGAGUGGGGUGACUGGCUUGGAUGUGCCGCAAUCAAGGGACGACUUUGAGCCGCAAACCCACGUUGAACCUGGGGACGGCGUCGAGGAAGGUGUAGCGCCCAGGGAGGAGUCCAUAGUCCCGCCUGAGGCACCGGCCCCGGACCCGGAAGUUCCGGAAGCUCCUCCAGAAGAGCCCCAGCAGCCUUUGCUGGGGCCUCAGCAACAAGCUGCCGCAGCUCUCGAGGAGCUGGCGGAAAACCAUGCCCCGCAGCAUCAGCAUAUCCAAAACGGUGACAGCUCUGACCAAGUGCAUGAUCCGCACGCGCCAACAGAGGGUCAAGAUGUCCAGAUGGAAGAUGCUAAUACCCUCAACGAGCAAGGGAACUUGCACGAGCAUGUUCUUCCCAUGACUCCCCACCAACAUGAAGGUCCACCACAUCAGAUGCCCGCUCAUCCGCAUCAGGGGCUCCCAAUGGAUAAUCAUCACGAGCACCAUAUGAAUGGUCAGAUGAACCAACAACAGAUUAUGGCGCAACCCCAUCCGCACCAGCCACAUAUCCAAUCCCCAAUGCACCCUCCGUACGUCGACGGGCCUCAGCAGUCUCAAAUGCAUAUGCCGGCGCAAAUGCAGAUGUAUGCUGGUUCUCCGGACAAUGGCGUGCCGCCGAGGAAGCGCUCGAAAGUGUCAAGAGCAUGUGACGAAUGUCGUCGCAAAAAGGUCAAAUGUGAUGCAAUAUCGGAGACUGGCGAGACUGCAUGUUCGAAUUGUCGCCGGUCUCAGAUACGCUGUGACUUUAGCCGCAUUCCUCAGAAGCGAGGUCCAAGUAAGGGCUAUAUCAAAGAGCUGGCCGACAGGAUCAACUCUAUCGAAGGCAAGCUGGGGAAUCAAGGUUUGACAGCGAGCGAUAUUUUGGACUUUGCAGGCGGACAAAGACGAGAAUCUUCGGAACAUCAAUCCCCGUCAGCACCACUCAACGACAACUCAAAACGCCCCUUUUCCAGCAUAUCUACAGAUCCAUUCUCCACUCCAGUGCCAAACAAGGCCCCUGCCGCCACCACCUGGUCCUCCGAGCCCAGGCCUCUCCAGCCGUAUCCGCCGCCAACUACUACUGCAGAAGGCCAAGGACAAAAGUAUGCCUACUCGGCUAACAGGCUUGCGCCACCCCUGGCCCCAGCUCCGCCGCCGCCCGAGCCUCCCCUCUUGGCGCCGGGUCCUCUACCCGUGUCGGCGUCAACGGGUUCCGAUGGGAUCCCGGCGGCGAUCCAGCAGCCAGAAAAGCUGAGUGUCCGCGAGAUCGACGAUAAUGUCUUUCACGGCAGAUACCUUACCAUUGUCCACCCAACAUUUCCUUUUCUUGCCAGCGUCAAGACGGUGGUGCAGUCUACGCUGGCAAGAUGUCCGCCCUUGCUCCGUGAAGCUUUUCUGGAGGCUAUCACAUCCACAAUGCAAUCAUUCAAUGCAAUGCCAGAGGGUGUCGCCGCGGGUGAUGCGCGUCGAGCGGCCAGGUUGCUAGUUCAGUGGAAGAUGGAAAGUGCCCACGACACGCUCGGUGAUGAAGAUCGGUACACGGCCAAACUGGUGCAUCUUCAGGUCUUGCUUCUUCUAGCGAUCGAGGCUGAGAACCACGGGGUGGCCGCCUUGGAUGGUCAGCACGGUGGUUCAUCCCAGGCGGCCUUCCUUGCGCAUGCGGUAGCAGUAUCAUACGACAUGGGUCUACGAACCGCACAGAUGGACGACUUUUCACAACCAGACCCGGACCCAGAGUCACAUUACAUGGUUUCGCUGCGUGCUUGGUGGAGCCUAGUCGCUCUGGACCGGUUCAACGCAGCUGGUACUGCGAGGCCGUUGCUGAUUCCGCAGAACUGCAUCCAUGCCACAUGCGCCCUCAAGAUCUUGCUUGGUGACGCUGGGUUUUACUUUAUCGGCCUAUGUCACAUACUGGGGAACUAUGUCGAAACCUUCAUCUCCUCGCCAAGCGGACUUAAUUCAGCCGUGUCCUAUAGUGAUGCGCCACCAAUCAACGCCUCGGCCGUCUCGCUUGGCAUGGACAUGUGGAAGUUGAACUUCCCCGCCUCUAUAAUAACGCCGAAAUCACACCCUGUUCUGCACUUUGCGUACUGGCACUGCCGCCUGAUUACCUGCCUGCUCACGCCGUCUUCUACAUCGACGGAGCUUCUGUGGGCAGCAACGGGCCUAGUACAACAGCUGUGUUCCAAUCACCUCGCCCUCAGUCCACUGAACCAUCACGUCAACGGUCUCGCUGGCCUCUGCCUUGCGGAGCUUAGCCGCGUAUCCCAGACGAGGGAAGACGCCAUCGAACUGAUAGCAACCGAUCUCAUGGCGGGCAGCAUGGCCCCUUCAACGUGGGACAACAUGAUACGCGCCAAGGUGUCAUCCAUGGGAGACACCGUCGGCAACCAGGAUUCGGUCACACAAGCAGGAGACGGGACUGCGGCGGCGCCGACAACUGCCGCAGGGGCUACCGCCAGUCAAGGACUUAAACACCUGGCCGACCUGGCAGCCGCCAGCACCGAUCUGGCUGAGGCCAACAACACCGGCGCCGGCGGUGAGCCGGAUUCGAACGCGCGGGACGAGGCACUCCUGCACCUGAUGAGGAGGCUACAGGGAGCUAGAAACUACGAAGACCUUGGGUUCGAUCCGCGCCCGAUGCUGCGCAAGGGGUAUCUCUAUGCCUUGCAGGUAUAG